AUGUUGAUAAUUUUGAUCCCUUUGCUGUGGAAAUUGCCGUGGAUUAUCGUUUUUUAUGCGCCAAUUUACUGGUUUUUACAAUGGCGCAAACCGGUCAAGUGAGUUUUUUUUUUGGAAAGAUGAAGAAUUUCAAGUAUUUUUCAAGUUCCUCAGCAAAUGUAACAGGAAAAAUUCCAUGUUUACUCGUUUUUUUUUGUGAUAUUGAUCCCUUGAAAUCAGUUGUAGGGGGGUGGGAGUUGUUCGAAGGUCAAAAAAAUAUAUCUGUAAAGCUUCUGGAGACCUUUUUAAACAGCCUUUUUUUGUAUUUAGUCCUUAAUCCUCUUUUGUAGGGUUUUAUCUGUUGACAUGAGUUUCUGGUGUGUCUCGAAGUCAAAGUUAGCUGUGAGACCCAUUUUUUCGCCUCGAGACCUUUUUAUGGUUUUCGUGUAUGUUCCUUCAAGGAUACCAAGGCCUUUUUUUUAUAAAUUAUAAUUUCAAAAGCUUAGUUUCCCCUAUUUUAUCAAGACAAACUUUUUUGGGUUACCAUAGUAACUGAAAACGAGAAAAAGUUCAGAAGCUACACUGCCGACGACACAACUAUCCAUAGGAUUUUGGAAUCCAAUGAGGAAGAAAGAGAACAAGAAAAAUCCCACGAUAAGGUUUUUUUUUUACUUGAAAGGCUUCAAAAGUUUUGAUUUCCAGCAAGUUCUGACAAUUGACGGAAGUUCUCCCGACGGCCAAUUCAUUUAUAUUCAAGUUCUCACGAAAAACAACCGGCAUGAGGCUUUUGUCGCAGUUUCUCAGGGCGGAAACUUGUAUCAAAACAGAUUUUCAUCGGCCGGUAUUGUUAUUCGUUCGGGAAUACAAAAAAACUUGGAAUUUUCAGUUGGAAACGAUGCCGGAGUCGUUUCCUGCGGCCCUUUGAAUUUGGAAUUGCGGGUACCUUUUCAACGGUGGCGAGUGUCUUUCAGAGGAUAUCUGAAGUUAGUUAUCGAUUCAUAGGCUGAGAAAAAAAUCGGGAGGAAAACAACAAGGAUAAUUCAGUAAAAAACAUUAUCUUCUUACUGUAGGUCCGAUGUACGCAGUGUGUUUACAGGAAUGCGUUUGAAAUGACGAGAAUUCACACCAAAGGAAUUAUUUUUUUAUUCUUUAAUUUUUCUUCUUUUUUUAAGGGUUUCUUUGAUGAACUGAAUUCGAACGUCUUAUUGGAUGCAUUGAACACGCGAAAGUUCGAAACUUCGGAAUUUUUCAAUUCACUGAACUUUUUUCUUAAUUGAUGAUUUUUUUUCCUAAUUUUUUUUUUGAAGUUUUAGAAAUUGAUCGCGAAGCUUUGAGAAUUGAUCAAACUAUAAGCUUUGAAAGUAGCGAUACUUCUCGCCAUUUUUCAUCCCUGAUAUAUUUAUUCAUUCUGCCUUUCAGAGGACCCGAUGAGCAGCAACAUUUUGUAUGUGUCGGCGGCUGGUGGAAAGCAUUAUCUAAUGCUCGGACUUUCUAUAGUAAUAUGGGUUUGAAGCCGCUUGCCACUGAAUUGAGGAAAAACAAACUAGGAAUUAGCACGAACAUCAAGCUCAUUGAACGGUUUCUGUUCCCAAUUUAUUCAUGAAAAUUGAACUUUUAUUAGAUUCCGCACAGCCAAGCUUUUGACGCAACUCGGAGAGCUUCAUUUGGAAGUCAAAAUUAAUGAUGAGGCUAUUCAGCAUCGAUUUAGAGGUAUACAAAUAUUUCUAAAAGAAGAUCAUCCUUCAAUUUUCAGGCGUUUGGGAGAAGAUUCCACUGGAUCUCAUUGACAAUUCCCAGCAGAUAACUUUCUUCCUAGAGGUAUAAUAGUUUGAUCAAGAUAACUGGGUCGCAUUCAGAAUGGCUCGGAAAAUUCCUUGAGAGGUAGUUUGGACUUAUAGAAGCUCCGAAUUCCGCCCUUGUAGUUCAUUGGAAAUCUAAAAAUUAAAAAAAAAGGUCUGCAGGACGGCAACGCAGUUUCACACAAAGUGACGUCAUACGACAAUCAUACCGUAACCCUGGAACACGGUUUAUUUUUCACGUCGAAUCACAAAGUUCGAUCGAUCAAAUUGAAACAAAUUGAGGCUUUGGACAGCUCUAAUUUGAUUCCUAUUGAUUUCGAUGUCAAAAAAGGUUAGUCUGAAAGUUCAAACAGCAAAAAAAGAAAUUUUUCAGAAAAACCAACUUUCCAGUUGAGAAAAGACAAAACUUUGAGCUCAUUUUCCUACACGAGAUCCGAUGGGAGGUUGGUCGAUGUUGCGGUUGUCAAGGUAAGAAAAUUGCAUUUAUGUCCAUUUAUAUUUAAAAAAAAAGGAUUAUUUCGUGUCGAGUUAUAAUUUUAAAAAAUGUCAAAGCACCUAUGAAUUUCGCGAGAUUUUUGUGGCAUAUUUUUGUAGAUUGAUUGAUUUUUUCUUGGAUUUUCUCGUGUAGUAUCUCCCUCGUCAUAAAAUUGAAAAUUGAGAACACACAUCCAGAGAAUUUUUUAGGCUGAGACUUUCAUUUUUUGAAAAAAGCAAUCUUCCAGAAGCUUAGAAUUUUUUAGAAGGGGCAAUCUCCUCUCAGGAGGACUUUGAUAUUACAAAGCUCAGAUGCCAUUUUCUUUUCAGUCAUUUUCUCGAAAAAAAGUUAUUUAUUAAAAAGGCAGCUUUCUUUACAAUUUACUCAACACAUUCCCCUUUAAACCUUUUGGAAUCCUGUACUAAGCAAAUUUUUCAAUUUCAGGUAGUCCAUGGCCUUUCCAAUGGCUUGGCCUUUAUCAGUAACGUCAGGGAGACUCUACAAGAUAUCCCGGAAAUAACGAACAUUGAGACCUUCCCCGGUAGCCUUUCUUAUCAUAUAAAAGAAAAAAUUGAAGUCUUCAGCUUAUUUUGCGAGUACAAAUGAGAGGAACCGAUUCGUGCUGCCAUUCAGUCACAGAGCUUGUCAGGAUAAAUCUUUGGCUGGCGGAAAAGGCGCCAAUUUGGCCCGACUUCAGUGUAUCACCAAGGGGGUGGGUUUGGAGGAGAACAUUGAAAAACUCUGAACGUUUUUCUGAUCCUUGAUCAAUUUUUUUUUUACAGUGUAAGGCCUCAUUUUUCUCUUGAUUUUUGAAGAUAUUUCAAGGGCUAUUUUUGGGUUAAUCUUUGAAUAAUUUCUACAUGGAUGCUGAGUAUUUUUUGUCCGUGACUAUCCAUGAAUUUUUGAUAUACAUAUAUUCCCAUAAAAGUAUUUAAUUUCAGUUUCAAGUCCCUCCAGGCUUAGUUGUGACCACAACGGCCUUCAAUCAUCACAUUUCCUCUCUUGAAAAGCUUAUCAAACAACUUGAAACGCCUGCGGAAAGCAAUGAGUUCUACGUCAAGAUCGGACACGAGUAAUCCAAUUUUUGCCUCAAAAUCUGACAUUUCUGUCCAGAAUCGAAGGGAAACUUCGUGAUUCAAGUGUCUCUGAAUCGCUUCUCGAAGAGAUUCUGGAGCAUUUGCCAGAAUCGGAAUAUUAUGCGGUCCGAUCUUCGGCCGUCGGAGAAGACGGAGCUGACCUCAGUAGUGCUGGCCAGUUGGAAAGUUAUCUGGACGUUAGGAAGGAUGCAGUGAGAAAAUCAGCUGGAGAAGCUUUUCUGAAAAUAGCAGCUUCAGAUCGUCGAGAAGUUGAAGCUGUGCUGGGCCUCGAAUUUCAGGACUGAGGUUAUCAGUUAUCGCAGGUGAGAUCCAAGAAAAUUGAAUGAAAACUUUAUUUUUCGUCAUGAAAAAUUAAGAAGCAGUAAUAUAUGAAGUUUGACUCGUAUAAAUUUACAUCUUGGUCUUUGAAAUACCUAAAAACCAAAAAACAAAAAAAAUGGACCGCUGCGUCUUUAAUAACCUAAGUCUAUAUAAUUUUCAAAUAAUUUCAUUGCCGUUGCUACCUAGAAAAGGUAGAUAAACGUUCUUCUGUGUCUCUAAAACUUUUUUUUAAACAUAAAAAUAAACAGCUGUCUCUUGAAGCCUAACGGUGUUUUGAAAAAGAACUAGAUUGAUUAACUGAUAGAAUUUUUGUUGAAGAAAUUACGGUCAACAGCUGAAUCCGCCUAUGGCCGUUGUCAUCCAGGAAAUGAGCCGAAACGGCGUCGCUGGUAUUUUUUAUACCGCCUUGAACCUGCCAUACGAAAUCUGGCGUUUAGGAGUCAUGUUCACGGCGGACCCGGUGAAAAACGACCCAGGAAGGUUGCUGAUCAACGCCUUGAAGGGUUGCGGUGAACUGAUUGUCAGUGGGGCGGAGACGCCUGACGAAAUCAGCCUUCAUCGAAUUUUCAACAAAAUUGAGAAGGUAAAGGGAAAAUAGGACACGAAAUGAAGCAAUUUUCGAGAAAUUUUAGCCUGAAAAUGGAAAAACUGGAUCCAAAUUUUGAGCUCAUGUACGUUAAUGUUUUCUCCACGGACGAAAAGAAUCAUGUAAUUUCCAAAUAAUUUUUACGUGAUCAAGUUAGGGGUGUUCAAGCAAGUCAACUUCAAUUAUGAACUUUAUUGAAUUUACUUAUUAUAAAAAAAAAUGGAACUGUAAAGUUUCCAAAGUUGAAGUUUUUUUUUGUGCACACGUCAAAAAGAAAUCAAAAAAAUCAAGCCAUCAUUUGAAAUCGAGCUCCAAGGCCCAGGGCCCGCGAAAAGGAUUUUUCAAAAUUUUCGUCGCGAUUUUCAUUUUUUCGAAUUAUUACCGUACAGAGAGUAUGAUGUGAAGUCCGAAACUGUUGUUCUCUGAGUUCAGUUUCUAUAAUUUCCAACUGAUUCUUUCUUGAUUUUGAAGACUUUUGAAGGUUUCGAAACUCUUUUUUUUUCAGCCCGAAAAUUGCUGCCUUUCGAAUGAAGAAAUCUCCAAGUUGAGAAAUGUUGGAGAGCAUUUGGAAAAUGUUUUCGGCAAGCCGCAGGACGUGGAGUUCGUUGUAAGGGAUCGCAAAGUCUUUGUCGUUCAGACCCGAGAUGUUACAGGUAAAACUAGCCUGCAUUAUUCUCAAAAUUGGUAAUUCCAGGACUCGACAAGGAGUCCCAUUUCGAACUGUACAAUGAGUUUGACACGCCAAUGUAUUUGGAUAAAGAAGCACUGACCAAUGCGAAUGUUGGGUAAGUGUGGUCGCAUUUGGAAUUGCUCGGUGGCGCGGUCACGAUGAUUCUCGGAAAUUUGACAUUUAGCUGCCGAUUUCGAUACUUUGUAUCGUCAUCGAGCGCAAGUCGUUUUGAAGCCGGUUGCGCUUGAAGUAGACCGCCGUUUGUCGUCGAGCGAUUUCACCUAAAGCUGCAAAAAUUAAUAAAUCUGAAAAAAAUGUUUUGGGAGAAAAGAAAAGAAAAAGUUACUUUUAGUAAGUCACGUAGGAGUUCUAAUUUAGUUGUGUAUGGUAUCUCAACCGAGAUUUAUCUUCAUUUUUCAUGUUUUGUCGUUUAUUUUAGCCAUUUCAGAAAUUAAAAAAAGAUUUUUCCAGUGAGAAUCUAGGAAAAAAAUUUACAAACUUUUUAUUUCAUAGUUUUCUUUGUUUAGAGGUCUAAAAGUAAAGUUUUGGAGUUUUUUGAAAUAGUAUAACAACUCCAUUUUUUUAUCAUUUCGAAUUUCAAUGUCGGUUUUUUUCUGUUGCUGAAAAAAAUUCAUUUUAUAAAAAAAGUUGAAGAUUUUUUUCAACCGAGUUUCGAGAAAUUUCUUCUUUUUUAGUGAAGUCCUUGCCGCUCCAAUGACUCCUUUCGAGUGCAAUACAUUGAUUCCACUUUACGAUAAGAGUAUUACGGUAAUUUCGACCUAUCUUACGGUGUAAAUUGUUUCAUUGUGACUGUUUCAGGCCAUGUCCCUGAGGCAAGUCAAUGGCCGUGUCCCCGCACAUUUCUGCAUGACUUUUGCCGUUCGCCAUCGGAAAACUUUUAUGAAUCUUGGCGAGGUUUCGAAAAAUCUUCGAAAAAUUGAAAGUAUACUCAAAAUGUUCAGGCGAUGCUCCAAACUUGGGAAAAUCUGAAAAAGGAUGAAAUCACGGAUUAUGUAUUCGCCGGCGAGAAACUCUUCACCGAGGAGAUGUUCAAAGACGCCGAACAGCGCUAUGGAUAUCUGAGUCCCCUGUUUCCGAUCAAAAUGAUGUUCGACAUGUUGAAGGUUCGCUCAAUGGAAGAAGCAUUGCCAAAAACUUAGUUGGUGAAAAAAGGCGUGAAAAGUUAGGUUUUACGUUUUCGGGCAUGACUAUAAGCACAGCAUGAGUGUUGUGAAUGUUUCUAAAAAGGACAAAGAAGCUCUAGAUAAAUAUCUGCUGAGAUAGACGUUUUGAAAAUAGACAGCCUAUGGAGCCUUGAAAUGUGUUAUUUAUUGCUUUUUUUUUAAACUUCAGACUUGAAACAGUUUUUUUGACGAAUAACCUUUUUGCGCUCUCGGUUAGUUCUUCAGAAAAAGCAGGUAGGACGAACUAGCCGCGAAAAAGUGAGCUUCUGAAAAAUAAGUUUCUCAAAGGUAACCAGGAUGAAUUUUCUUGCGCUCCAUGGAUUUUUUAAGAUUUUUAUUUGAAAAAAUUAGCCAAAAAAUUUUUGAAAGGAACGAUCAUGCAAAACCACCCCAAAAAACAACUUUCUCCAUCAGAUGACCUUCUACACGUCAUACAAGAUUCUGAAGCGAGUCGAACAGAUUGAGAAGGAUAUCAAAGCCGUGGCGCCGAAUUGUGAUCUCGACGUUCAUUCAAUGUUCAAACUAUUUGAGAAGCAGUCGCUCUUGCUUCAAUCGGUAAUUUUCGAAAGGAAUGGAUGAGAAAAAUGGAAUUUUUCGGGAGUUUAGGCAUUGUACAGUCAUGGAAUGCUGUCCAUGUUCUCCUCGUUCACCUAUGUUAUCGUUGGAAUGCUCAUUCGAGGCUCUGAUAGUGGGUUUUCUCAAUUUCUAUUGAGGGAUGUUGUUGAAGAUCAGAUAAAAUUUGAGAAGGAAUGCGAAAAAAAAAUCUCAGAUUAUUCCGUGACUGAUUAACAUAAAGCCUGAAAAGUCUAGCGUCUUUUAUACAGCCCUAAACAAGCCGAAAAAAAUUCCCUUCAAUAUUUCAUUCUCGAUUCUUAACAGUUUUCGAGUGUCUGAGUCUCUCUGUUCCCUCUCCGGCAAGGUCAGAGAAACAUGGAAAUAGCACGUCAACAUGAGAGUAUCACUGAAGGACAGGGAGGGCGCAGAGAAGCCCCGCCCUUUCAAGUCGGGAAAAACGGACUAUAUUUAAAUUUUCGAACUAUAAAAAGUUUUAUAGGUUUUUUUUACAUUUUUUCUUCAUUAAAAUUUUUUUUUUAACUUGUAACAUGUUCAAAUUUCUUUGCUUGGCUUUUUAAAAAAGAAUGUGAAGGUCUUGACGCGAAGAAAUCCUUAAAACUGAGAAAAAAAAAACUCAUCGCUUCAAGGCCUUUUUUUCAACAAUUCAGCAAAGGAUUUUAAAAGACGGAAAUGAUUUCCUUCAUUUUUUGUUCCAGGUGGUACUCUUUCCGCCGACAAUCUUUCGGAUAUUGCCAAUGUUUUUUCGAACAACACCAGGACAGAUGUCAUCAGUGCCGAUGUGCCGAGUUCUUUAAAAGUAAUUUCCCAGAAUAGAUGGAAUAAUAAUAGAGAAAUACAGAAACUAGCCAAAGCCGUUCGAGAAGACGGCCUCGAGGAGGAGUUCACCAAGUCUGAAGGAGAACAAGCUUUGAAAGUGAUUGAAGAUCGGGGAAAAGUUUCGAAGGAACUUUUGGCUCGCUUUUUGAGGAUCCACGGACAUCGGUCGGUUAUUUUUCGAUCAGAGAAGAAAAAAUAUUUCAUCAUUUAAAAGAGGAUUUACCUCUUUUUUAUGUACUGUGAUCUUUCUACCGUUUUGUUCAUCGUUCUGUGGUCUUUUUACCGAAAGUUCAAUAAUAAUAAUCGUAUUUAGUUGUUAAAUUAAUUAUCAAUAGAGCAAACUUCAGAGGGCCAAAAGAGCUGUUCCUUGACGCCGUGACAUGGGCUGAAGACACGGAUUUACUCGUUCACACGUUGAAAGUGAUUGAAAAAUGAUUCGAAGCUAAAUAUUAUUUCAAAAUUAUUUCAGAGCAUGCUCGCCUGUCCCGAAAUGGCUGAGAAGCUGAUUGAAAAUACGGAUGACAUCAUCGACACGUUGAAGUGCAAGCCGACGGGACUGAGAAGGUUCUGAUAAAAUCAAGAAAGGUCACAGAAACCCCUCGAGCUGUCCCUCAUUUGAGAAGUCAGCUAAUUCGAUUCUAGAGUGGAAACUCACCUGUUUCUUUGUUCAUUGUAUCUAAAAUUAACUUUUAAGUGGUUCCUGGGAUGAUCACUCUACUCAAAAAUCGGAAAAUUUGUACAGUCAUUUACCAUCUUUUCUCUGAGAAUGGCAAAGUUAGCGCUGAAGGGAUUACUUGAGUGGCAACUUCUUUUUAAAAACCCUUGAGUAAUCACUUUUUUUCAUCAAAUUUCUUAUCUCAUUGGAUUCUGAUAGAUAAUCAGCUCAAAAACGUGAGUCGAUGUUCAAGUGACCAUUUAAGGACUCUACUGAAGUACUUCAUCGGUCAGACGCAUCGAGGCGUCGCUUUCAGAGAAACUGCCAAGAAUUAUCUGGUUUCAUCGACACACGAAACCAGAAAAUCGUUGAGAGCCAUCGGGGAGAAGCUUCAUCGCAUGGUUAACAAUUUAUUGUUAUUUUAAUUAUAUAAAAAUUUGCAGGGAUAUCUACCUGAUCCCAAGCUGACCUUCCAAAUGACGCUCGACGAGCUGAAAGAGUUGAGCGUGAGCCGCAGCGCGAAGUUGGUCUCAAGGUGAUUUUUCGUUUUGGAAACUAGAAAAAAAAGGGUGAAACUCCUUUUUUCAUCAAGUUUCUUUGGGGCGCACUUGCUCUUCCAAAAAAAUUACAUGUUUUUGUUUUUCUCCUUUCUUUAUUCGCCUUGAAAUUAUGAGUUUACUCUUUACCAUUUUUCUCAAAUUUAGAGCGAUCCGCCGCAAAAAUUUUGCCCACCACUUUGAAGGUCUACAGUUCCCGAUGGUUGUCUACGGAAAAAUGGAGCCGGUAACUCAAAAUAGUUAGCAUUCGAACGAUUUCGAAAAUGUUCAGAUAAAAACAGAAGAAGCGGCGGUUUACACGGAAAAAUCAGUGACCUUGACGGGGACGACAGUUUGUGAGGGAAUAAUUAUCGCCAGGGCGAGAGUGGCAAAAAAUUUGGAUGAAGCCAGAGAAACCAAGGUAUGGAUUGAUGGGAAUGGCUCGACGCGUCGCGGUUGCGUUGCGCUUUUACCUGCUUCCUAAGACCUGAAAGAAUGCUUCAACGAACUACAUAUGUCUUCAAUUUCGCGACACCUGUAAAAAAGGUCUGAACAGCCAAUUAAAGAACUAUUUCGAACUUUCUAGCGCUUCUCUAUGGUAAAGCCUCUAGACUGCAAAGAAAUGGUCGUGAUAAUUCAAUCGAACGUUUAUUUCUUCCUAGAUUGUUCUUUCAAUGCUAGAGAAGCGAAGCACGAGCCCAUUUUCAUUAAACUUUAUCGAUUUAUUGAUUUUUUAGCCCGGUGAAAUUCUGAUAACUCGCUACACGGACAUUUGUUGGUCACCGUUCUUCCCCAUAAUCAAAGGAAUUGUGACGGAAAUCGGUGGAUUACUGAGUCAUGGUUAGUGACGUCAUUCUGAGAAGUUAAGUGACGUCAUCUCCUUUUUUUCGAAAUGUGGAUUUUCAUUUUUUUCCACUUUUACAAAUUUCUGAGAAGGAUUUGAAAGUUUGAAAAAAAAGUUGGCAAAUUGUAUCACCUUUUUUAACGAAAUCGACAAGUUCGAUAGAUAAAUAUUUAUUAUUUGGCAAAAUUUUGUGCCGUUUCAUUCAUUUUUCUUGUCUCUAUCUAUAACCAGUGAUUCCGUCGAUUCUAAGUUGGAAGUCGUCCGUUUGAUACUUUUUGAAGUCGCUUCUAAGUCUUCGGAUAAUGACUUCAUUUGAAAAAAAAACGUCUUGACGGAAUUCGUUUCUCACUGUUGACUUAGUUUUACAAAUUUUUUUCAAGUUGUCCGAAAAUAACAAUUUUUUAAGGAGCCGUAGUCGCUCGAGAAUACGGCCUUCCCAGUUUGAUCGCCGUCACAAACGCUACCAAUGUUUUCCGUACAGGUGAAUACUCAAUCUCAUGUCUAAUUAAUUAACUAAUUCAGGUGAUCUCGUGGAACUGAAUGCGAUAAAGGGUACCAUUUCGCGAGUCGAAGAGAUAGAAAAUUGA